AUGCAAACUACUUCUAUCUUCUCCAAGGACUUCGGAGCUGACCUUGAUCCUAUUUUAGACCAGAGAAUCAAAAGCUUCGGUAACAUUCCCCCCUUCAAGGUCUUCACUACUACCGGAUGGCAUGUCUCCAGGCCUGAAGAUCUCUCCAACGGCGUCACAUUCAUAAUUGCGCAUCCACCGUGUUCGAAAAACUUCAAAACAAUCGUGGAGAGUUUGCAAAAGGAGGGAUUUGUGACCCACAGAGCUUCUUUGGGUUUGAGUUUGCGAGAAAAGGGGCUUUCGAUGGAAGCCGCUGAGGUUCAAAAGUAUUUGAUCGUCGGAAUUACGUUUCUUAACCUGCCAGCUGCUAUCGAGAAGAAAUGUCCAACGGUAAAGAAAGGAGGUACCGUCGGUACAAAGGCUGGAGACGGCAACAAAGCUGACUUGGUUGGUUCAAUGGCUCCAUAUCUGGUAGUAACCCCAGAGAUAUUAGAAGACGAGGAGAGUGGAUCGAGAAGAACGAAUUUGUACGCUCUCAUCAUGGAGAAGCCUGCACCAAAUGAUCUCUGUCUCCCAACGAUCGUUUCACAAUCAAAGGUGUUCUAUUUAGCUAGGUAUCGUGAUGGUUCGACAACAAGGGAUAGGAGAUCUGCAAAAUGGAACAAGCUGGCUGCUAAAGAAGGUAUUCGGAUUGCACCACUAGCAGCGAUUUCGACAACACAAGAGCGACAAGCAACAUCUCGAGAUACUACUAAAGUAGUAGUAGACCCUGUUCUAUCACUCAGGAACGGUAUUCGCCACCAUCUGACCUCAUAUCCGGUGUUACUGGAACCAUGGCAUCUUCAGGAAGCAUUGCUUAUCAUGGAGCAAGCAGUCGAGAACCCCAAGGACGUGCACGCUCCAUCAAACACAGCUUUGAGGGCAUUUCUUGACAACAAGCAUGAUGAUUUUGAUGAGGAUGAUGCAGAGACUAUGAUCAAGGAAAUGACUUCGCUUUGGCCCGGAUUUGAGAAAUUCCUUACUACCGAUUUACUCACAUUAAAGAAGCUAAUCACGGAAGCAAAUGUUCAAGGCCAAUCUGGAAUCGUAGAGACUGCUUUGCAGACAGUCACGAGAGUCAUGACGAGCAAUGGGUUCGUGGUUCAAAAGGAAAUCCCCAAGGAUAUGGAGCUCCUAUCAAAUUUUCGAAAAGGACCGGAAAGCGUUAGUGGAAGUAGUGAGGCACUCGAUGAGGUAAUGAGAGAUUCGGAUGGUGAUGAGAUGGACACUGCAUCAUCCUAG